UCAGUCAACAUUUAGCCGCACCUACCCCCACCCCCAUCCAACCACUGGGUUUAAUGUGCUGUAUCUUUACUACAGUAUUAAUAAGAAGACGCCAGUCUCUGCAAACUGUGAACUCUGAAUCACAAAAUAUAGCUAUAUCUUUAGUUUCUCUUAAAGAAGAAAACCUACAAAUCCAACAUGCCCAAGAGAAAGGGAGCCGAUGGAGAUGUCAAGGAGGAGCCUUCAAGGAGAUCUGCACGGUUGUCAUCGAAACCAGCCCCUCCCAAACCAGCACCAAAACCAAAAAAGCCUGCUAAAAAAGAAAAAGAAGUAAAUGACAAGAAGAAGGAAGACAAGAAGAAGGUGAAGGCAGCAGCAGUCGAGGAGCCUAAAGAGGAGACCCAGUCUGAAAAUGGCGAGACCAAGACAGACGAAGUAGAGACUCCAGAAGAGAAGACUGAGUAGCACCUAUCCUGUUCGUCCAAUUCUCUCCCUUGUAUGGCCCCCCAAGUCUCAUGUGUUUUCCCUAAAACCUCCAUUACCUUAUUAACAGAGGAAUAUUUUUAUCAACAAUUUUGUAAUUAUUGGUACAGGUUUUUAGCACAAAACAAAGCUAAAUAUGGAAGAUUGUUCUGUUGUGCAGUGGUCAUAUCAAGUGUUUUUAAGCAAACAUAAUUACGGUUUCGUUUUUUUAUUAGUGUUGGUACCUUGUUGGGAGCUCAAAAAAUAAUGCUGGCUGGCAGACUAAUUGCAGGUGGUAUAGUAUCACAUUGUAGGUUUGCCAACUCACAACAUUUCACUUUUGUUGGUGGUUGUAUUUUUACCCUUGAUAUGUGCAGUGUUUUUUCUUUAUGUGGGGGUUUACUUAUUUUCAACGUGAAUGUCUGUAAGAGGAAUUUAAAUAUUGAAAAAAUAUUGAAAACAUUCCAGGCUUAAUAAUGAUGUGGGCAUAACUGCUUUUGAAAUAAUCUUGCUCUGAAUUAUUUUGAUGACAAAUUAUUUUAACGGCAGAAGAGACUUGUUGGAAGUCGCUAAUGCUUUUUGAAACAAAUGUUGGGAUUUUUUAUUGAAAUAUGCCGCUAUCUGUUGUGUUCCCACUGAAGUUCUGGAUGUCUAAUUGGAAUUUAAUAAAAUAGUAAUUGGAAUUUUCCUCAUGA